AUGAAUACACCAGACCUCUGGAAUCCUCCAGAAGUAGAGUUUUGCUUUGCUUUAGCCAAUAAUUCCUGCCCUAGAAAGGAGAGGCCCAGGCCCGUUGUCUGUGCCAUGUACCUUGUCAUGAUUGGAGCCAUACUAAUGACCAUAUUGGGCAACAUGUUUGUGAUCAUCUCCAUUGCCCACUUCAAGCAACUCCAUUCUCCAACCAACUUCCUGAUCCUCUCAAUGGCCACCACAGACUUCCUGCUGAGUUGUGUGGUCAUGCCUUUCAGUAUGAUCAGGUCCAUUGAGUCCUGCUGGUAUUUUGGAGACUUCUUUUGCAAAGUCCACAGCUGCUGUGACAUCAUGCUCUGUACCACCUCUAUUUUCCACCUCUGCUUCCUCUCAGUUGACCGCUACUACGCUGUCUGUGACCCUUUGCACUAUGUCAACAAAAUUACCAUCCCUGUCAUCGAGGUCUUUCUGCUGGUCAGCUGGUCCAUUCCCACUUUUUUUGCCUUUGGCUUGGUAUUCUCAGAAUUAAAUUUAAUUGGCGCUGAGGAUUUUGUUGCAGCCAUUGACUGUACAGGCUUAUGUGUGUUGAUAUUUAACAAGCUCUGGGGGGUGCUGUCUUCCUUCAUAGCUUUCUUUCUGCCUGGGACAAUCAUGGUGGGAAUUUACAUACACAUUUUCACAGUAGCCAGGAAGCAUGCCAGGCAAAUCAGCAUGGGUCCUAGGACAAAACAAACUGGCUCAGAGAGCAAAAUGAAGGCAACAUCCAAGAAAGAAAGCAAAGCCACCAAGACGUUAAGCAUAGUUAUGGGAGUGUUUGUGUUGUGCUGGAUGCCCUUUUUUGUCUUGACAAUCACAGACCCUUUCAUUGAUUUCACAACCCCUGAAGAUUUGUAUAAUGUUUUCCUCUGGCUAGGGUAUUUCAAUUCCACCUUCAACCCCCUCAUCUAUGGCAUGUUCUAUCCUUGGUUUCGCAGGGCCUUGCGCAUGAUCGUCACAGGAAUGAUAUUCCACCCUGACUCUUCCACAUUAAGUCUGUUUCCUAUGCAUCCUUAG